CACUUCACCUCAACCCAAGAAGAAUCAUCAAACCCCUCUUUCAAUGGCUAAGUCUAAAUCAUUACUCUUUUUUGCUCUUUGUUUUCUUGUUCUUUUCCAAUGCUCUGUUGCUAUACAAGGAGCAAGAAGCCAGGGGCAGCAGGGGCAGCGGCAGAAGGAGCAAGGGGAGUGCCAGCUUGGGAGACUCACUUCUCAGGAGCCCCAGUACCGGGUUCAGGCCGAAGCCGGUAUGACCGAGUUCUGGGACUACAACGAUGACCAGUUCCAGUGCGCCAACGUCGCCGUUUGCCGCACUAUCAUCCAGCCCAGAGGCCUUCUCUUGCCCUCUUACUCCAAUUCUCCUAAACUCUUCUACGUUAUCCAAGGAAGGGGUAUGACAGGGGUGAUGUGUUCCGGUUGUCCGGAAACAUACCAAUCCUCCCAACAAUCGGAACGAUAUCGCGAAGGAGGACAGAGCCAGAGAUUCCGAGACCAGCAUCAGAAGGUCCGAAACUUCCGAAAGGGAGAUAUUAUCGCACUGCCGGCCGGAGUUGCACAUUGGUGCUAUAACGAUGGUGAUGAAGAGGUCGUUAUCCUUGCUAUGGAAGACACUGGCAACAAUCAGAACCAGCUUGACAACAACCCAAGGAAAUUCUUCCUUGCCGGAAACCCCCAACAACAAGGACAACAACAAGGGCAACAACAACAACAACAGCGACGACCAGGACAACAACAACAACAACGACAACAAUACAGAGGAGAAUACGGAAGCAGGCGCGGCCAGGAACAACACAACGCUGGCAACGUGUUCAGCGGCUUUGACGCAGAGGUGUUGGCCGAGUCAUUCGGGGUGCACAGAGAGACGGCAAGGAAGCUCCAGGGCCAAGAUGACCAGAGAGGACACAUUGUCAGAGUUGAACGUGGGCUUCAGGUGUUGAGGCCAUCGAGCAGCCAAGAGGAACAAGAAGAGCAAGAAAGAGGUGGGAUAUAUCAGGCCGCCAAUGGCUUGGAGGAGACUGUUUGUUCGGCGAGACUCAUAGAGAACAUCAACGAUCCGUCACGUGCCGAUAUCUAUAACCCACGUGCCGGGCGACUUACCUCUGUGAAUGGACACAAUAUGCCCAUUCUCAACUACCUCAGACUUAGUGCUGAGAGGGGUGUUCUUUACAGGAAUGCUCUGAUGGCACCGCACUGGAAAAUCAAUGCCCACUGCGUCCUCUACGCGACGAGGGGUGAAGCCAGGAUGCAAGUAGUCGACCAGCGAGGCCAGGCCGUGUUUGACGGAAGGGUCCGGGAGGGGGAGCUUCUGGUGGUGCCCCAGAACUACGUGGUGGCCAAGCAAGCCGGAGACGAAGGGUUCGAGUUCGUGGCAUUCAAGACCCACGAAAACGCCAUGUUCAACACCCUCUCCGGUCGCACCUCGGCCAUCCGUGCCAUUCCCGUUGAUGUGCUGGCUAAUGCUUACGGGAUGUCCCGCGACGAGGCGAGGAGGCUGAAGAUGAACAGGAAUGAGGCUAUUUUGCUGGAGCCAAGGUCUGGGUCGCAGAGGAGGGGUUGAAAGUGGAUGCAAUGUGGAGUAGUGAUGCGGGAUUUGGUUUUGUAAUCCCUACGUAAUAAAUAUCGUAGGAUAUGAAAUCCCUUUUUAUGUAAGGAGAAGAGUUUUGAACAUGAAUAAAAUGACUACUUUGUUUU